UCCUUAUAUAAAAAUCUAUCAGUUUUCUUUUCCUUUCUUUUCCUUUUCUUUUUAUAUUCCAAAAUAAACAAAAAAGUAAAACUUUAAAUAUAUGGUGUCCGGCAGUGCUGAUUAUGAAUAUCUUUUAAGUCUGCGUGCAGUACGUGAAAGGUGUUUCCGGGUUCAAGAAGCAGCUGUCAGGAACAAACUAAAUCAUUUUGAUAUUGACCCGAGUAAAUUACAAGAUAUGGUGCAAUUUGUAGUUUCAUUAAUCAAGCGGGAUUAUCAAGACGAUACGUCCAAAAUACCUUGUCAUGGUCGCUGGAGACAUUUUGAUGUUGAAGGUAGACCUCGCAUUCAAACAUUGAUUCAGAGCUGGGCAAAUCUCGGAGUUGACGCUCUCGAACAGACUAGACGGGUUCUGGACUUGUUUGUGGUGGCUGUAUUAUUAGAUAUCGAUCCUCGUGGUUGGGUCUAUCAAGAAAAGACCACAAAUCGAACUUACAAGAGAAGAGAAGGUAUUGCUGUAGCCGUUCUGGACAUGUAUAUGGCAGGUGUCUUUUCAAUGAAUCCUAAUCAGCCGCAUCGAGUAGACUCAGAGGCGCUAUCAAACUUGACUAUGGACAUAUUAUUGACCGGGUUUCAAACAAAAGUGUUGGUUGGAUUGCAAGAUAGACUUGAGUUAUUAAAAAAUCUCGCAUGCGUUUUACGGGAUCGACCUGACUAUUUUGGUGGAGAAGAAGGGCAUGUCCCUCGCCCAGGAAAUAUGAUGGAUUAUUUACUAUCUCAUCCCACAACAAUUAAAACUAAGAAAGGACCCUUAAUUCAUUUAGAAACCCUGUGGCCUGUUGUACUUGAAAUUGGAGAAAUGUGGACUAUUCAACAAGAAAAAAGCAAAGGUGGCACGGUGGGCUUGGGUGAUGUUUGGGAGUGUCCUGCUUUAGCUGGAGGAGGAGAUCAGUUUGUAGCUUUUCAUAAAUUAUCUCAAUGGUUAGUGUAUUCAUUGAUUGAGCCCAUGGAAAAAUUACUGGGAGCUAUAAUUGAAGGAACAGAACAAUUGACACCCCUUCCUGAUUAUUCCAAUGGCGGUUUACUCAUUGAUACUGGAUUUAUCACUUUAAGAAAAUCAGACUAUGAUCGUGGUAUUCAAAACUACCAUUUAAACUCUCUUUUACCUGGACAGCCCAAAGUUGAAGUGGCUCCUAUGUUUGAAAUGUCCGAUCCAGUAGUUGUAGAAUGGCGUGCCCUAACUACAGCUUACUUGGAUCUUGUCGCUGAGCGCGUGCGCUCGGUGAUGAAAUUAAAUAAGAAAACAUUAUCAUUGACUCAAUUAAUCGAAGGUGGAACAACCAGUGCUGGUAAAGAAUUGGCAGAAAUAUCUCGUCCCAAUACUCAGGAGUCACCUAUUGUCAUCAUGCAUGAAAAGAGAGUGAUCUUUUAAGGAGAUCAUGCUUAUAGAAAUCUAUUUAAUAACGAUACUUCUACCAGGAGAGUCUUCUUCUAUUCCUUAAUUCAACAAAAGGGAGUAUCCAUGGAUAUUUUACAAUACAAUAAAUAAAUCAUAAAAAAAAAAAAAAUUAAAUGGCAUGAUUGUCUUUCCAUUGGAUUUCUGCCACGUAUUUCAUUUUGAAAGGUGC